AUAUAUCUAUGUACAUUACAUAAAAUUUUCAAAAUAUAAUUUUGUUUAUGAACUUGUUCAUGGCUACUUUCAUUUUUCCCUUAUUUAUUUUCUCUCUCCUCUACAUCACCUCUUCCGCGGCGGCGGUAGGGCCCGCCUCCACCACCACCACUAACAAUUUUAUACAAUCAAAAUGUAGCUCCACAACCUACCCAACAGUUUGUGUCCAAUCACUCUCCUCCUUUGCCAAUAAAAUCCAAACAAGCCAACGCCAAUUAACACAAACUGCUCUUAUAGUGAGCCUAGCCAAGGCCCGUUACACUAAAGCCUAUGUGGCCCAUUUGGCUCAUUCCAAUGGGCUAAAGCCCAGUGAAUUCGGGCCAAUAAAGGACUGUUUUGAGGUCAUUGGAGACACUGUGGAUAGACUUAGUAUGUCGAUACACGAAUUCCAAAGCGCAGCCCGAGCCCAUUCUAGUGAUUUCUUAUGGCAUAUGAGUAAUGUACAAACUUGGGUCAGUGCCGCUCUUACGGAUGAAAACACUUGUGUUGAUGGGUUUUCGGGUCGGGCUGUAAGCUCCAGGAUGAAAAAUGGUAUUAAGACUCAAUUUCAGGGUGUGUUGCAGUGUACAAGUAAUGCUCUUACUUUGGUUAAUCAGUUUGCUGAUAAGUAUUCUCCUAAUGAUGUAUGAUUAUUGAUUAAGAAAUAUAAUCAAUUAAGAAAAUUUUGUGAAAUAAUUGAAGAAAUUUGAGAUUCUUAUGGUUUAAUAGAUAAUGUAUACCAGUGUACUACUAAGAUAUGAUGUAUAGUGAAAAGAAGCUUUACACUUCUAGUUUAAA